AGAGCCAGACCCGUUGUCACCGUAAAUGCUGGCCUUGAAGUGUACCCUAGCAUUUUAAAUCAAGAGAAUAAACUCUGCUCGUUGCCUGGGACCGCUCUCAAAGUUUCCUGCUUUAAUGUCAGGUUCUGCUUAAAGGCGGACGGCAAAGGAACACUUCCGAGGAAGCUCAACUUCCAGGUGGAGCUCCUCCUGGACAAGCUCAAGCAAAAGGGAGCCAUCCGGCGGGCACUGUUUCUCCACAGCAGGUCCCCAGGGCACUCCAAGAACAUGACUGUCCUCAGAGGGGGCCAGAUGCAGUGUGAGGAGCUGGUCGCCUACCUGCGGGAUGAAUCUGAAUUUAGGGACAAGCUCACCCCCAUCACUGUCUUUAUGGAGUACCGGCUGGACCAGAGAGCGGCUGCCGAUGCAACAGGCCUGCAACCCAUCCUGAACCAGUUCACCCCUGCCAACGUCAGCCGGCAGGCUCAUAUUCUCCUUGACUGUGGGGAAGACAAUGUCUGUAAGCCUAAACUGGAAGUUUCUGUAGAUAGCGAUCAGAAGAAGGUGUACAUUGGGGACGACAACCCCCUGACGCUGACGGUGGCGGCGCAGAACCAAGGGGAGGGGGCCUACGAGGCUGAGCUCAUCGUCUCCAUCCCGCCGCAGGCUGAUUUCAUCGGGGUUGUCCGCAACAGUGAUGCCUUAGCGAGGCUUUCGUGUGCAUUUAAGACAGAGAACCAAACGCGGCAGGUGGUGUGCGACCUUGGAAACCCCAUGAAGGCUGGAGCUCAACUGCUCGCUGGCCUGCGUUUCAGCGUGCAUCAGCAGUCAGAGAUGGACACUUCUGUGAAGUUUGACCUGAAAAUCCAAAGCUCUAAUUCUUUUGACAACGUAAGUCCAGUUGUGUCUUACAGAGUUGACCUUGCUGUCUUGGCUGCUGUUGAGAUAAGAGGAGUUUCAAGUCCAGACCAUAUCUUUCUUCCAAUUCCAAAUUGGGAGUCCAAGGAGAACCCCGAGACCGAAGAAGAUGUCGGGCCUGCGGUUCAGCACAUCUAUGAGCUGAGGAACAAUGGUCCGAGUUCGUUCAGCAAGGCAAUCCUAAAUCUCCAGUGGCCUUACAAGUUCAACAACAACACUCUGCUGUACAUUCUUCAUUACGACAUUGAUGGGCCGAUGAACUGCACGGCGGACACAGAGAUCAACCCUUUGAGAAUCACGACUCCAGAGAAGAAUGACACCGCGGCAGGACAGGGAGGGCGGAACCACCUCCUCACCAAGCGGGAUCUCGCCCUCGGCGAGGGGGACGUUCACACUUUGGGCUGUGGGACCGCUAAGUGCUUGCAGAUCGUCUGCCAGGUGGGGCGGCUGGACAGAGGGAAGAGCGCCAUCCUGUAUGUGAGAUCCCUGCUCUGGACGGAGACGUUCAUGAACAAGGAGAACCAGAACCAUUCGUACGCCCUCAAGUCUUCCGCCUCGUUUAAUAUCAUAGAGUUUCCGUACAAGAACCUUCCGAUUGAGGACCUGUUCAACUCCACACUACGCGGUGUCCCCCAGGUCACCACCAGCAUCUCCUGGGGCAUCCAGCCGGCGCCCAUGCCCGUGCCCGCGUGGGUGAUCAUCCUGGCGGUUCUGGCAGGCCUGCUGCUGCUCGCUGUGUUGGUGUUCGUGAUGUACAGGAUGGGCUUCUUUAAACGUGUCCGACCUCCUCAAGAAGAGCAAGAGAGGGAGCAGCUUCAGCCUCACGAGAACGGCGAAGGGAACUCCGAAACCUAACCGCGCUUGGCGAGCUGCGCCCCCGAUGAACCUCAGUGGCCCCGAGCUGAACUGCUGAACUGCGGAGGCACCCAGCGGCUCACCCACAACCUUGAAAUGAACGUUUGCCAGUAUCUGCUUAUGCAUCAGCGCAGAGCAGCUUCACUUCACACACGCUGAUGUGUGUUCUCGGGAGUCUGAGUGAUGAAAUUUCAAGUGAUUGUCCUUGUCCAGUGUACAUGACCCCGACGGCUCCUGAGUUAGCGCGUGGUGUGACAUGGUACCUCUUCAGCUCCUGUUUCCCAUUUCCUCCGCGCAGUAGGGCAGUGAGGAUUGUAAAGUAACUCACACGUAGACCUUAGCAUCAGUGACUUUACACAGGUGCUUAGAACGCUAGUGGCCAUUACACUACAGUUGAGUUCGUACGCUACUGGAGACUUCGCAGUUGGUUGCAUGGCUUAGAUUUUAGUAUUUACAUAGUAGAACUUGUAAAAAAUACGGUACCAUCAAGAUUCUUUCCCAGGCUAUAGCUCGACUCAGAGCCUGUGCUUCGCAUGUGUAGAUCCCUGGAUUUAAUCAGCAAGGUGGGGGUGGAGGUGGGAAUAGUUUCCUGAUUAAUAACGGUACAGUAUUUUUCUAUGAAAAUUAGGUUUUUAUUUAUGUUUAGUCUGCAUUGUAUUUUGUUAUAUUUUAACGUUUGUAAUUUAAAUUCUAUAUCAAAUCCUUUAAGCCAUUUCAUGCUGAAACUUCUGUGAUUUAAAAAUAACCAUUAAGCAAUAGGGUGCUUUCAGCUAAAUCACAAUGAUGACUGAAGCCAUAGGAUUGGGAACCCGUUUCCGAAGUACAUCUACUUCCUUUGUCUGGCUGUCUGCAACAUACAAAGCUUCAAAGAUCUUCUCUGCAGUUCUCUGCUGAAAUUGCUCAUAAAAACACACUCUUUAAUUAGAACAGAGCUUUUAAAUGGUGUUAAUUUAUUUUCCUCCUAUUUUCCUUCUAUUUCCAAAACUGAGAAGGGGUCAAGAUCAUCUUUAUAACCUUUAGGAACCUCAAUCUCCCGCUCUUACCCCAUGAGAGAUGCUUGGAAUCAGCAUUCCAAAGGUAGCGAUAGCACGGUAGUACCUCAGGUUAUGCCGGGCAGUGCAUAAAGCCUGCCUCAGCUGUCAGAAUAAGUGCUAAAAAGUAUUUUUGUAAGCAGUUUAUGUUGCUGAAAACCUUCUAAAGCUUUCUUAUGUUUCUUAAAUGGCUUUUCUGGGGCUUUAAUAAAGGCAGCAGAGGUAGCAGGGCCUGCUCUAAGCGGCGAUGAUUUAUUCACAGUUCUUCAAGGCCCGGGAUGACUAUCCUCUAUAGCUAUUUUUGGGCAAUUACAUCAUAGUGUGUGCUAGAAGGUGAGAAUUUUAAUAGCUUUUUAAACUGCUGUCCUCAUUAAGCAAUGAAAAAUAUUUCCCUUACAUAAUUGAAUAUUUUUCUACAUUUUAAAAAUAAUUAAAAUUUGUCUCACCAUUUCUUAUGUUAAUUCUAGGUGCAUAUAUAUGGCCAAGCUAAUUUGGAGAAUAUAUUUUCAUAACAUGAAGCACACUUGGGUGAGCUGUAACGUUAGAAUAUAGACAUAUUUAGCUUUAAUGAAUUUUUAAAUGAAUGAGUUUUGGGGUAUAGAAUUUAUUAAUGGCUUGAAAGAUCACGAUCAUAUAUGUAAUAAGUACUUUUUAACCAAUAAAUUUAUAUUCUUUUAAGAAAUAUUUUUAUUUUAGGGCCAAGUAUUGCCCAGCACCAGACUGUCACUAAGUUGGGCCCAUACGAACUUUUACCUUCGUUUUCUACAAAUAGCUGCCAUUUUUGAGAAAAAAAAAAAAAAUCAAUGAAAUUCAUUCUUUGGUAAUGAAUCAACAUUUUGUUAACGGCUAUUUCUACUGUGUCUUCCUUACCAAGGAGUAAUUUUCUAUUAGAGAUUGAAAGAUGUUACAACUGGAGAUUAACAUGUAUUAACAUGAUGUGUUGUUUUCAACAAUAUUAUGGAUUUUCUUUUAAAAAAUAUAUAAUAUAAAUUCAUAUCUGUAAAAUUAGGAACUGUAAUUUCAAAGUCAACUCUGAAAACGUAUUGCGAUUCUUUUUAUUCUAUAACAGCAUAUGAAUAUGUUCAAUAAAACAUCAGGAGAUUAUUUUAGAUUCAUAUUUGUAAUUUACUGAGAAUUAAAAUUCAUUUCCAAGUAUAAAAUUCUCAAAAUGUAAAUGUAGUCCAGUUAAAAAAAAAAUUGAGUGCUCCAGAGUCGAUUUGACACGUGAGAAAUACUGACACUGAUACUGAUUUCUAAUGGAGAUACUUAUUUUAGAGUUACUACUUUAAAACAUCUGUUUGGGCUUACUUUCCCCCUUACCUUUAAUUAUCAUCAUAAUUCUGAUUAUAUUCUGACAAUGAGAGGUGAAAUGGUCAAAAUAUUGUAGUCUUAAAUCAACCUGUAUUAUAAAAUUACUUACUAAUAAUCCUCAUCAAUACAACAUUAGUUACAUAAUGAGGAAAUUGACUCAUAGCAGACAGAGUUUUGCUGCUGCUUAGAGAGAGCCUAACUCUCUAAGACUUUUGAUGGUGAGCCUAACCCUAAGGAGGAGGAUUUUGGUGGCAAAGUAUGGAUAAAGCAGCUGGUUCUUGGAGAAUGCCAAGAUGGCGCCUGUUCCCCUGUGGGAGAAUUCUGGGAAGAGCCUGGUGGAGGAAAGAGCUGUUCUAGAAUAUCUGUGUGUGGCUGUUGCCUAUCUGAGUGUCACUGUGUUUUCACUUGCGGGUGGCUUGUACGUGUAAUCUGACGAGUAAGGGGAAAAGACGAGCAAAAAUGUAUUCUGGGAUCUACCAAGGCAAAUAAAAUUGCUAAAUGUCCAGUGACCUAUAAAGGGCUUCCUUGGACUUGUCGGUCCUUCUGUUUGGACCAUGAACCUGCAGUAUACACUGGCUUCGCUGUAAUUCCUGAGACGUCAUGGACUUUCUAUGAGGGGUACUGAAUCUUUGAAUUCCGUUGUCAUUGUUCUCAAGUGCAAUAUAACGAUGUAACGGAGCUUAGACAAUAUAAAUCACUUUUAGUAAUCAUAAUCUGAGUAGACAUUUAUUAGUUGUUUUUUUUGUUGUUGUUAGCAGAAAAGAACAAUUCUGCUGUAGUUAUAGAUACACAAGUGAAGUGUUUUUUUUUUUUUCCUCUAAACCAUCCAUUCUGCAUUUUAUUUUAGGUGGAAAACUAUUCCUUACCAGUUUUAAAACACUCUCAGUCUAUCAAGAUAACUUGGAAGCUAUGUGUAUCAAAUUACUUUGCUAAGUAACAUGGAAGGUAAUUUUCUUUGGCUUCUCUCGUGAUCGCCCACAUUGGGUGAGACAUAGAAUGAGUCUAUUCUGAAAUCUGUCGUUUGCUAGCUUGCUUUGAGUUAGUGAAGCAGGCUCCAUGUUCUGCUUUGUUUCCAGUGUGUAAUUUGUGAUACAAUAAACUUGAAGGUGCGGAGUCA